CUCGCGCACGAGCGACUCACGUUUGUGGCCUGUCCACUGCUACUACUACCUGCCUACCUACUGAUAACUGUGCGACUAUACGUGAGCAACGCACGAGCCCCGUUUCGCGCUGACAGUGUCUAAAUGAAUUUCCGGCGUCGUCCGUGUAGUACGAAUUGAUCCGAGUCACCUCGCCGCCACACCAGUGCACGAGUGCGAGUGCCACCACAACGAGAGACUGUCAAUUCGUGCGCUGCCGUGCGUAUAGGCAUAUAUACCCGAAUCUUCGUCAACGCGAUUUGUUUACUACGAGUCGAGUUGUUUUCGUUGAUCAGCAGCGGUGCCUUAAGUCGUACAUAAUAAGCGUUGAUCGCGGUUGAUGCUCGAGCGAUUAGAGACGAUCAUGAUUUCGUCGUGCCUGCGGCAGAGAACUAAACCGAGAGUGCAGUGCGGUGCCAGUGAAAGUUAUACGAGUCGUGCGGUAGCCAUGUGAUUAUUUUGCUCGUCGUCGUUGCUCCUCGUCGUCGUCGUCGUCGUCGUUCGUAACGUCCACAUAGCGAUACAUUGCACCAGGAUGGCUCUCUACGAUAAUGCCCACUGGCUGCUGUCACACAUCAGGGAUAGCUUCAUUUCCACCGACGAUACUGGUCUGUGUGAAAUUGUUAUGGCCAAAGAUGACAUACCCAGGGAGUUGUACGAGAGCGGCUCUGUUUAUGUUUAUCCGGGAGCAGAAGACAGCGACGAAGAAGAUCUUGACGCUUUAUCAGACUCAUACGAUAUUCUGAUGGAUAUGGAAUUUUCGCAUAGGGCCAGAACGAAUACGGCUCAGCGACUAGAAAAAAUGGACCUAGAAAAAAAGAGAGCUGCCAAAAUAAAACACAUUAAAUGGGAAAAUCCACAAAGUAUGUCAUCCGAAGAGCAGCAAGAAAUGUUUAAUAGAAAAGAACUUCAUACGGAUAAACCUGUGGCAAAACAGAAAUCACUCUUUUCUGAAAUGCUGGAAAAAUGCCCAGACUUACCUAAAAAUCCAUUCACAGAUUAUGCCAAGUUCGAUGGAAAUUUACAAAUUGGAGUUCCUAUUAGAAAAUAUAGAAUUUUCAUGUGCAUGCUUCCCAAAGAAUUAAGAGCAUAUCCUUUUCAAGUUAUGGUUUUAGCAACUGCAAAAGUUCAAGAAUUCAUUGGAUAUAUCUGUUACAAAUACACUAGUGAACAUCCAAACACACAUAUCCAUGAAGAUAUUAGUAAAUAUGGACUUUAUAUCACAGAAGAUGAUGGUGAAAUAGACUGGGAUUUUCCUUGCUUAGAUCCUACAGAAGUUAUCUCUAAAUUUGAGUUUUCAACUUUAGGUCUUGUUGAAAUGAAACCAAGUGAUAAAGCCAGACACAAAACGACAAAAGUUAUCAAUCAACCAUUAGAGGAAAGAGAAAGUAUAGAUAAAACACCAGAAGAUGCAGCCAAAGACCUUGCCAAAAUGCAAAUACAUACUACAGCUAUGGAAGCUCCUCAAUAUCAAUUAUACAGAGUUUACAUUAUAAAUAAAGUAAGAGCCAAGAUUGAAGUACAUUUGGGUAUUUCUGGUGAUAAAAUUGAAAUUGAUCCUGUAAAUACUGGUAAAGGUGCAAGCAAAUUUUGGAUGAGGCAACGAGCUGUUAGUUAUCAUAUUGAUAAUGUUGCAUGGUGUGAAUUAGGUGAACAAAAAGGAUCAAAAACUACAUUUACCUUAGUUUAUACACCUCAUAACAAUCUUACAUUAGAUGGUUUUAAUGUUUCUUUAGCACGUUCUCAAUCUUUCAGAAGAUCAGCAUCUUUUAAAAAUUAUGAUUUUGAGGCUGGAACUGUUGUUGCUGAGGAGAUAGUUAGUAAAAUCAAUCACAUUUUGCAACUUAGAAGCAGUUCUUCCAGAAAAGAAUAUAUUGCUCAGAAAGAACGCAAAGCUUCAAGACGUAAGAGUUUUCAUAUUCACAGAUGACCACUUUACCAUUUUAUGUAUAUUGUUGUUGUUGUAUUUUUAAAGAAUUUUUAUCGUGAAGUGAUUUAGUUAGUCAAACAAUUAACGACGCAUUGUAAUUAAAUCGAGAUUUUUAAUCAAUCAAUCCAACUGAUGAUGUAUACAAAAUUAUGAAAUUCAAAGAAAACUAUAAAUUAGUGAAUAAGUAUAUGCUAAUCUUAUAUUUAUGUAUAUUAAAAUUUAUUUACAAAAUCUAUAGUACAUUAUAAAAGUAUUAUCAGUCUGCAAAUUGAA